UUGUUUUCACCGAAACGAACGCCUCAAGGCUUUCUGUCACAGUGUUUGUUAUGUUUAGAUAUUUUACACAGUUAGGGUUAGGUCGCUAAUGUGCCAGAGCCCAUCGUGUGAAAAUGGCGAAUGUGCAAACACGCGCCUAUGGCAUUCAACUGUAGCCCCUUUUGUUCGCAUUAGUUCCUGUAUUAUCUUCUGUAAAAUCAAAUCACCUGAUAUUUAUUCUUACUUUCUCAAAUCAGCACAGCCGGUGCCGUCUCCGUUUAGACUCGCCGGUACACGGGGGAGCAAGCCAGCGGGGAUUUCUUCCCUUCUUCGUUGGAACUGAAGGCUGUGGUAUUGAUAUUGUGCUGCCAUUGACCAGAGCCAGGCGGAGUAAUGUAAGCUGGACUUCUCCCCUGCAGGGUCCGCUGACAGCAUGGGGCUGGACUUUGAUGUGAAAACGUUCUGUCACAACCUGCGGGCCACCAAGCCGCCCUACGAGUGUCCUGUAGAAACCUGCCGCAAAGUCUACAAGAGCUACAGUGGCAUCGAGUACCACCUGUACCAUUAUGAUCACGACAACCCCCCUCCUGCCCAGGGCACGCCCCAGAAAAAACGGAAGGGCCGCCCCCCACGAGUCUCUCUGUCCGGUUCGGGCGACGGGGCUGACUCUAGUGGCCCUGGGGUUCCUGGACAGGGUGGGACGCCUGGCAGCCCGGCAGACCACUCUGAGCACUCCCAUUCUCCUGGCAGGGAGACGAUGACGUAUGCCCAAGCUCAGCGCAUGGUUGAACUGGAGAUCCACGGCAAAGUGCACCGGGUCAGCAUCUUCGAGGACCUGGAUGUAGUUUCAGAGGAGGAUAGCGAGGCCGAGGACACACCCACAUCUGGAGCAGGAGGCUCCACCGCAUGUAACGGGGGUGAUGGAGGUGGGACUGAGGGUGGUGGCAACGGAAAGGACAGGCCGGACACUCCUGCAGCAGCCAAUGGGGGGAAAGGGGCUGGGGCCACACCCAAAGCGGGCAAGCACAAGAGUAAAGAGAAAAAGAAAGAGGGCUCACAUCACCAUGGUAACAUGCCUGGUCCAGCCGUGAAGCUGCCUGAAGCAGUGUUCCGGGAGCUGGAUCAGGAGAGGCCAGAUGCACCACCACGUGCACUGUCUUAUUACAGGUACAUAGAUAAGUCGGUGGAGGAGUUGGAUGAGGAGGUAGAGUACGACAUUGAUGAAGAAGACUACAUCUGGCUGGACAUCAUGAAUGACAAGCGGCGCAGCGAUGGAGUAACGCCGAUCCCCCAAGAGGUUUUUGAGUACCUGAUGGAUCGUCUGGAGAAGGAAUCCUACUUUGAAAGUCACAACAAGGGUGACCCCAACUCCCUGAUUGAUGAGGACGCCGUGUGCUGCAUCUGCAAUGAUGGCGAGUGCCAGAACAGUAAUGUAAUCCUGUUUUGUGACAUGUGUAACCUGGCUGUGCACCAGGAGUGUUAUGGGGUGCCCUACAUCCCUGAGGGCCAAUGGUUGUGCCGCCGAUGCCUGCAAUCGCCCUCCAGAGCUGUAGACUGCGCCCUCUGCCCCAACAAGGGUGGAGCCUUUAAACAGACUGAUGAUGCCCGAUGGGCACAUGUUGUGUGCGCGCUGUGGAUACCUGAGGUCUGCUUUGCCAACACCGUCUUCCUGGAGCCCAUCGACAGCAUCGAGCACAUCCCGCCAGCACGGUGGAAGCUGACCUGCUACAUCUGCAAGCAGCGCGGCUCGGGCGCCUGCAUCCAGUGCCACAAAGCCAACUGCUACACGGCCUUCCACGUUACCUGCGCCCAGCAGGCCGGCCUCUACAUGAAGAUGGAGCCCGUGCGCGAGACAGGCGCCAAUGGCACCUCCUUCAGCGUCCGUAAGACAGCCUACUGUGACAUCCACACCCCUCCAGGCUCAGCCCGCCCCUUGGGUGGAGUAGGCGGAGCCAGCACUUCCCACAGCGAGGGAGAGGCUGAGGACGAGGAGGAUGUGGGUGGAGUUGGCGAGGAGGAGGGGAAGGGGUGGAGCUCAGAAAGGGCCAAACGAGCCAAGGCCAAAUCCAGGAGGAAGAUGAAGAGAGCGAGGAAGAUCCUGGCAGAGAGAAGAGCGGCCGCACCGGUGGUGUCAGUGCCAUGCAUACCACCACACAGGCUCAGUAAGAUCACAGCCAAUCUGACUGUACCCAGAAAGAGUCAGUUUAUGCAGAGGCUGCAUGCCUACUGGACCUUAAAGAGACAGAGUCGCAAUGGUGUCCCCCUGCUGCGGCGGCUGCAGACACACCUGCAGUCCCAGCGCAACCCUGAGCCCAUUCCUAUAGCCACGAGGGACAGUGAGGAGAAGCAUGCAGCACUGAAGGAGCAGCUGAAGGCAUGGCAGAGACUCCGGCAUGACCUGGAGAGAGCCAGGCUGUUGGUUGAGCUCAUCCGCAAGAGAGAAAAACUCAAGAGGGAGGCGAUUAAGAUUCAACAGCUGGCUUUGGAGAUGCAGUUGACUCCAUUCCUAAGGUUGCUGAGGACAACUCUGGACCAGCUGCAAGAAAGAGACACCAGCAACUUUUUCACUGAGCCAGUCUCACUGAAUGAGGUCCCUGACUACCUGGAUCACAUCGAGCGACCGAUGGACUUUCAGACCAUGAAGCUGAGUUUGGAGUCUCAUCACUAUCUCAGCUUUGAAGCAUUUGAGGCAGACUUCCUGCUCAUCGUCAACAACUGUCUGAAAUACAAUGCCAAAGACACAGUCUUCUACCGGGCAGCACUGCGGCUGCGGGAGACAGGGGGCGCUGUUCUGCGGCAGGCUCGGCGUCAGGCAGAGCGGAUUGGCUACGAUUAUGACACGGGCAUGCAUCUCCCUCGAGAGCCCAGCCCUGAGUCGCCAUGUGAAAGGGACAGGGAGAGGGAGAGGGAGCGGGAGAGAGAGCGGGAGCGGGACAGAGAGAGAUCACCUUCCAUCAACGAAGAUGACCUGCUCUUGGCUGAGAACUGGCGGAGGCUGCCACUGGAGGAGCAGCUGCGGAUCUUGCAAGAGCGGUUCGAUGAGGUCAGCUCAGGAAAGCACAGCAUUGGCCGUUCACGGCGAGCCAAAGCCCUGAGGAAGGAAAUGACUGUAAUUAAGCGCAAACUAGCGCACCAGCGCGAGGGAAUAGCCGGCAUGGCAAGCCGUGACUCAGGAGCCUCAGGAGAGAGGGGCUCUGUGCUAGCGCAUCACGCCUCAGGGUCCACCCGUCAUGAUGAGGGAGGGGAGAGCAGCAGCCAGGAGAUCGGUGGGAAAGAUAUCAAUGCAUCUGCCUCCACACUUGCCUCUGAAGUGGGACGCAGAACUUCUGUUCUCUUCUCCAAAAAGAACCCAAAGGCCACAGGCCCACCCAAGCGGCCGGGCCGGCCCCCAAAAAACCGAGAGGCACUACACAACGUUGGGGGAGUGAACUCCAGUCCUAUAGGCCCCCCACAGCUCCCCCUACUGACCUCUGUGCGCCAACGCAAACGACCCCGCAGUCCUCGUUCCAGUUCCAGCUCUGAGAGUGACAGUGAUAACGAGCACCUGAUACUGGGUCUGCCCAGUAAUGGUUUUGAUGGAGGCAGUCAGCCAGUGACCGAGAGUUUCCGUGUAUACAGGAAUGAGAGGAGUUUACCUCGCUCCAGCUCUGACUCAGAGUCUACCACCAGCAGCAGUAGCAGCGCAGCUUCCGACAGAACCAGUACCACUCCUUCUAAACACGGCCGUGGCAAGCCCUCAUUCUCCCGCUCAGCAUUUCAAGAGGACAGCAGUGAGGAAACGUCAGGAACAGAGAAUGACUCUUACUCUGUGGGAGGUGCCAGAGGGGUUUCUCAUUUGGUGCGAGGCAGGGGUAGGUCAGGCUGCUGGAUGAGCUCGACAGACUACACCUCCCUGGAUGCACUAGACCUAGUAUGGGCCAAGUGUCGAGGAUAUCCCUCUUACCCUGCUUUGAUUAUUGACCCCAAGAUGCCACGGGAAGGAGUGUUCCACCGGGGCGUGCCGAUCCCCGUUCCCCCUCUGGAGGUGCUGAAACUGGGUGAGCAGAUGACCCAAGAGGCACGGGAACAUCUCUUUCUCGUGCUCUUCUUCGACAACAAGAGGACCUGGCAAUGGUUGCCCCGCUCUAAGCUGGUCCCGCUGGGUGUGGAUCAGGAGCUGGAUAAGGAGAAGAUGCUGGAAGGCAGGAAGUCCAACAUCAGGAAAUCUGUCCAGGUGGCUUAUCACCGAGCCAUGCAGCACCGCAACAAAGUGCAGGGAGAUCCCAGCAGCGAUACCAGCGACAGUGACUGAACAUACACACAGCUCACACGCAGUGAGCGAGCAUGCAUGUACACCUGAUAAGAUCAACAGUUUACAUUGAUAGAAGUCACACAGAUAGACUUGGGCAUACGCUUGCAUGUACGCCGACUUCCGCUCAGCAAACCGGCUCUUUGGUGCUAAAGCUACUUCGAGUACGGUGUUUGGUGCGUGGUGGUCGUGUGGAAGCAGUGGUUAGGGGUCUAGUGUAUAGUGACUGUUGUCAAGUCUUGCGUGUGUCCAGAUGUGUAAAUAUAUAUCGUGAUAGAAUGUUUUGUAGAGGGGCUCUUUUCAGUGUCACAGAGCAGUUCCAUGUCUAGAUAGUGAACACACACACACACACACACACACACACACUCACACUCUCUCUCUCAUACCUCACACUACAUCCAGUGUUUAAUCUAAGGUGGUAUACCUGUGUGGACUGAAGUUUGAUAAUGGAAUUAUAAGUUAUUGAGUCACAGUUCUUCACUAUCAGGAUUUGGGCAAACUGAAAUACUUGUGCUGGAGUUGCUCUAUAUAGACGAAAUUCAAUAUUGCGAUUGUACUGCUACACUACCAUUCAAAAGUCUGGAAUCACUUGCCAUAUUAACAGUUUUGUUAUUUUUUAUAAGCUUCCCAUACUCUUGGUAGCGUUUUUCUCUAAUACUUGGUUAAGCACCCAGUCGCCUUAAUGACAGAGCCAGUUUUGUCAGGUAACGAUUACGCUAGUCUCUUGAGAGAGUUCCUGUCCAUUGUGGCCCAUUAACGUUAUGCUUUAUGUCUGAGGGACAUAAUAACUUCCACUAACUUUGUGCUUCACAUCUGAGUAGAACACAACAUUGACACUCCCACAUUCCAUAGUAACAACUGUAUGGUGUUUAGAUGUAAUGUAUUCAACAGGAUUUGAUGGAACACUGAUCAGCAAAAUCACCACAUCUCAAUCCCAAUUCUCCUUUGGAGCAACAAGUGAAAUGUUGAGUCUCACACACACACACACACACACUCUGACUGAAAUGUGCCCCCCGUUUGUGGAAGAGUGGGCUAGAAUAGACAGCAUAUCAAGAGACUGGAUUGGUGAUGGUAUUGAGUGCAAAGGGACACCAAGUAUUAGACUACUUUUUGUCUUGAUGGCUUACCAAAAUAACUUGCGCAAUGUGGAUUUAAAUAUAACGAACUAUUUAACAAGAGCUCUUUUUUAGAGGUUUUAUUCAAGAAUUCUAUGAACAAAAAGUGAAAAAAAACAAUAUACUGUAAUUGCUUAUUUGAAUUUUUAUGUCAGGCAUUCUGACUGAGGAGAUGAUCUCCACUUUUGAAAUACGAAAAAUUUUUAUUGUAACUUCAUUCUCGAUGAAAUAGAGCUUUCUUUGUCAUUUUAGACUCUUCUCCAGCUCUGUUCAUCAUUCUGGACAUGUCUAGCACAUUCCUAGUGUUCUACGAAUUUUGUUAAACCUGUGAAGUUGCACAGGACUAAAGUGGUUUUCUACACUAGUGUGCAACCAAAGUUUUUAUAUUGUUGAAAAUAUUCAGAACUUUUGAACAGCAGUUUCCAACUUUUGAACGCUAGUGUACAUUGUGAUUAUGAUGUAGCUUACUAUUUAAAACCGAAUCAUUGAUAUGACCAUGGAAAAUACUGGAUUGUGUUUUUAUUUAUGUGAUUUGUUGGACACCGUUCAUCCAGAACACCCGCAGAAACACAUCUGGAACGUCAGGGGUUGGUCGAGAUGUUCAAAGCACACAAACAUCUAGUCAUUGGUUAGAGGCCACAUAUUGUAACGUUGUGCCAUAUUAGUAUUAAAGAAACGGUACCUUGUUCCACCCUAACAUUCCGACACGGCAUACACACUUGAGUGUAGUGUGCUCUUUGUGAGUGUAUUUGUGCGCACAAUUGGCCCGUCUGCAUGCAAAGCUGAAUGCGAGAAAGGAAAAAGUGUUUUGUGUAUGCAUGUCCAUCCACUUGUGAUGCUGUAUGUGAGUCAGAAGCUGUAUUUGUGUGUGAAAGAGAGCGAGUGGGCGAAUGUGUAUGGGUGAGAAUGAGACCGCACAGCAUGCCAUCCUCACUUUAAAUCAAGCAAUUCUAGACUGAAGAAUCGUUUAUUUAUUUGUCCACGCAAAUCAUGUCAGUCCCCCUCCUCACACACGUGUACACACUACACACAAAUACACUUCCACAGGUCUCGUGUCAUGGUGUAUCCGUCAUCUUUCGGUUUUGUAUUUUUCCCGUGGACUGUAUUGUGUAUUCCGAAGGACUAAAGGGAGGGGCGGGGUGUUCUCUUGUCUGGUCUCAUGCCAGUCCUGUCACUGUAGAACUUUUAUAUAUAAAAGAAACCUAAGAUAGAAUUUAAUAAUAAAAAAGAUUGAGUUUUUUA